AUGGACGGGCUGCCCGCGAGAAUGCCCCCGGAGCGCGAGGCCGGCACUCCGUCGGCUGCCGCUCCCGGGCCCCCGGCUGCGGGCGAGGAGUGCGUCGGCGGCGACCUGGGGGCCAGGCCGCUGGCGGCGGCGGCGGCGCGGCCGGGCGGCCGCGGCCGCAGGGUGGCGGAGCCCGGCGGCGGCGACGCCCUGCGGUUGACGCCGGGCACGGGCUCGGUCGGCCCGCCCUCGGCGGACGCGGCGCCCGCCACGUGCCCAGGCGGCUUCCCGUCAGAGGUGUACGAGAUGUGGUGCGAGUGGCUGGACAUCCCAGAGGAGAGCUUUCCCCUGGCGCAGGUAUGCCGGCUGCUGGCGCGGGGUGGCGAGGUAUUCAGGAGCUUCGUCCAGUUCCUGGCGCGCACCUCCGAGCCCCACCGCCGUGGGGGGGACGCCGACGACCAGGAGGCCUUGCGCCGUUCCUGCGUCGCCAUGCAGGCGCUGUGCCACUCGCUCGCUGGCCCCAACGUCGGCACCGGCCCGCAGGGCCCCCGCGUGCUGGGGUUCGUAGUCUACGAGCUGCUGGCGGGUCUGCAGCCGGGGUGUCCAGCCAGCAGUGUCCACAUCUGCACGGCGCUGCAGCACCUCCUCUGCGCGCACGAGGCGGAGGUGUUGGCCGUCCUCCUGCGGUGCCACGCGCCUUUCGCGCUGGUGCGAGCGCUGGACAGGCCCGGCUGCCCAGAUUUGCUCAUGGCGCUGCUGGCGGGCUGCGAGCCGCGCCUGUUGGCGCUGGUCCCGGGCAGGGCCCUGCGGCCGCUGUCGCCGGCGAGCCUUGACCAGGUCCUGCAGUACCUGCGCGCCACGGGCUUCUCCGGGCUCCUUGCCGCCCUGCUGGACCAGGGCGCGCGGCUGGGGGGCGCGCGCUGCGGCAGCGGAAGCGGCGGCAGCGCGCGCGCACUCGGGGAGAGCCCGCCUCCGCGUGGCGGGGCUGGUUCGCCCGUGGUGCUGACGCCUUCCCGAGGGAGCGGCAGGAAAAGUCCCGGGACGCCUGGGCGGCCGAGCCCGGGCCUGGGCGGCGCGAGGUGGCCGUCGACGCCGGGCUCGGUCGGCGCGUGGACGCCGCAGCGGCCGCCUGCGGCCGCUGGAAGGGGGGAGGCGAGCCCGCUGCGCAGCCUGGCCUUGCCUUCGGGCUCCCCCGCGCGCGAGGAGGAGGCGCCGUGUUUCCUCGGGCUGCCGGUGGAGCCCCGCGUCCGCCGCAGGGCGGCCACGCCAGAGCCUGGCGGCGCAGCGCUGGGCAUCGGGGCCGAGCCCUCGCCGCCGGGGCGCCGGCACGAGUGCGCUGCGAGCCCCAGCGGAGGAGGGCGGGCGCCGUCGCCGCGCGAGCCUGCGCCCCACGGCACGCCAGGGGGCGACUCGGCCAGCUCGACCGACGGCGCUGAGGCGGCCGGAGAGGAGCGCGGCGUGGGCGUGCUGCUGGAGUUCUUGUCGGCGCUGACCGAGUGCUGCGGGAGCGCGCCGGAGAUGCCCCGCCGGGCCCGGCGGCAGCAGCGCCAGCAGGCGGAGCAGCCGCCGCCGCAGCCGCAGGGGCAGGACGGCCUGGGCGAGGAGGAGCAGGAGGCGGCAGGGCAGCGCGCAGGCGCGCGGUGGCGGCUGGUGGAGAUGCUUGUCGUCGACACCGCCCUGGUCGGGCACCUGUUUAGGCUGCUGCGGUGCGAAGCCUCGCGGUUCGAGUCGGCCUCGCUGCUGAACGCGCUGCUGCGGCUGGCGGCGGUCGCGCCAGGGCCUGGGUUGGGAGGGGGGCCUUCGCGGGCGCUGGUCGAGGCGCUCCUGGGCCAGUACCUGGCGCGGGUGGACGCGCUGGGCGGCCUGCUGCUGCGGGGCCGGGGCUCCUCUGCCGUUGCUAGCGUGGCCGGCCAGCAGGGCCGGCGCCGGAGGAGGGCCCGCCGGGAGCUGCGACUGAAUGCCUACACAGUGCGGGAGCCCCUUGGAGCGCUGCGGGUUGUGCUGGUCCAGAUCCUCGCGGCCCUGGCCGACCUUUCACCGGAACGCGCGCUGCCGGCCAUAAAGCCUGGGGUGUGGGGCGCCAUCGUGCACUGGUUCCUGGCAUACAGGUGCAACCACAUCUUCCAGGCCGUGGGCAGCAGGCUGCUCAUCGCGGUCAUAAACCACGGCAGCCCGCGCCUCCAGCAACAUGUGCUCGUCAAGCUCUGCCUGAUUGGCCGCGUGUGCGAUCUGGUGCUGGCCGAGGGCUCCUGUGGCGACCGUUGGCAGGAGGUACACGCCGAGAGACGAGAGGGUGCCUGCGCAAGGGCGGAUGGAUCACAGGUGGCUGUUCGCAAGGGCCGCCACCCAGGUGGCCUCGGAGCCAUGGUGCCCGUGGUGUCCGCCCUGGCCGCGAGGGCCGCAGCCAGCGGCGACCAGUCCGUGGCCAAGGAGCUCGGGGACCAGAUCAUAGCCAAGGACGCCCCGGCGCUGGCGUGCCGUCGCGAGGCCCCAGGCAGCGAGAACGAGGCCCCGUUGAAGGCUGCGCCAGCGCACCCGCGCCCCGGCGGCCGCCGGCCGCUGGCGGAACGGCAGGCGCUGCACCCAGAGCCGCCGGUGGCGCCGCCCGAGCGGCGGCGGCCUGGGAGCCGCCUCGCGCUGGCAGAGCGCCAGGCACACCCUCCCGACGGGCCAUGCCCAUUCUCCCGCGCGGGCCCGGGGGAGCCCGUGAAGGCGCUGCCAGCGGCCGUUCAGGGGUGUGCGCCGCCAGCGGCUGUUGCACCCUGCCUCGUGUCGAGGCUGCUGGCGGCGGCUCCGCUGUGGCCGCAGGUGCUCGGGUCGCUGGGGAUCGCUCCCGGGUCAGGGGGCGCCCUCGUGGCGCCGCCAUUUCCGCUUGUCGGCCGGCCGCUGGGGGCUGCCGCGAACAGCUAGGGGCAGCCCGCCAGGGUAUGGCAGGGUGGCGCGUGGCCAACCUCAACGAGAUCCUCUAGAGGGUGGUGCUACCCACCAACGCCCAGAUUGGCCUCUCGUGGAUUAGUUCAGUCGCAGCCAUGGGCCAGGUCGUUGCACAGACGUAUUCGGCCCGUUUCCAUGGUACCGCGCCGCCCGGAGAUGGCUAGAGAAUUCGGUAAUUAAAGGGGCGCCUUGGGCGGCGGGUCCGGCGCAGGACAAAGUGGUUUUUGAUUUUUUCUUUCCCUCCUCCUUGCUUGCUCCUGUACUGUGUCUGUCCGCCCUUUCCUCAUCUCCUUUCGAUCCCUCCCCGCUUGCCUCCCCGUGCCCUUCCGUCUCCUC